AUGUCCACUGCCAACGCCCCUGAGUGGCCUGCCAUCGCCGAGGACCACCCCAUCAACCAGCUGCUCAAGGUGCUGCCGUCCCUCAUCGAGGCCGCCAAUGGCUACAACGAGGCCAAGACGCAGCUGGGCGAGACGCUCGCGUGGCGCAGCAGCUUCAAGCCGCUGGAGACGCUGGGCGAGAAGUUCUCCAAGGAAAUAUUUGGUGGACUGGGCUACGUGAUCGAGAUCGAGGGCGUCCCAGAGAGCGAGAACAAGAAGGACGUCGUGACGUUCAACAUCUACGGAGCGGUGAAGGACAACAAGGCCACGUUCGGCAACCUCGACCAAUUCCUGCGCUGGCGUGUGGCUCUCAUGGAGAAGGGCAUCCAGAAGCUCAAGCUGAAUAAAGCGACGGUGCCCAUUCCCGACUACGGAGAGGGCCGCGACCCGUACCAGGGCAUCCAGGUGCACGACUACCUCAACAUAUCGUUCUUGCGCCAGGACCCGGACGUUAAGGUCGCGUCGCGGAAGACCAUCGACGUGUUCUCCAAGGUGUACCCGGAAAUGCUGAGCCGCAAGUUCUUCGUCAACGUGCCUGUUAUCAUGGGCUGGAUGUUCGCGGCGUUCAAGCUCUUCCUGCCGGCGGAGACCGUCCGCAAGUUCACGGUGCUGAGCUACGGCGAGCAGCUCUUCACCGAACUCGGUGAAGGCGUUCCUGAGAUCUACGGCGGCAAGUCCGAACCACUCGACACCAUUGGCGAGCAAACGCUCUACGCAGAGUCGACGUAG